CGGCCUGGUAUGGCGUCCGGUUUCCGGUUUCCGGUUCGGGCGACGGAGGUGACGCAAUCACGACGCGCCACGGCGCCGGGCGCGGAGUCUAGGCAACAAUGAGCCGAGUCUUGUGUGCACCGGCGGCCGGGGCCGUCAGGGCGCUGAGGCUCAUGGGUUGGGUUUCCCGAAGCCUUCAUCCACUGCCCGGUUCUCGGGAUCGGGCCCAACCCGCCGCCGUGGAAGAGGACGAGCCUGACCGCCCCAUUAAGUUUUCCUCCAGCAAAGCUAACCCGCGCCUCUGGACGGUUGACCAUUCCAUGGGAAAGGGAUAUCAGCGGCCCUGGUGGCAGGUGCUGCCCAUCAGCCUCUCCCUCAUGGCUCUGGUCAUCUGGUGCUUCCUGGGGCAGGAGACCGAGACGGACCAGUGGUUGAGGCGGGUGUUGGGAGAAGAGGUGCCAGAGCCCAGUGAUCGCUCCGAGGGGCCUGAGACUCCAGCUGCCUCGGGAGCGAGAACUUGACGGGGUGCCCGCUGGGGCUGGCAGGAAGUGGGCCAGGAGCCGCCCUUCCGAUUUGACCUUAACUGUCCUGGCUGUGCCUGCGUCCUCAGCCCUGAAGGGCUUCGAUGGUGGAUGGGGAAUCCCAGCAGAUCAGAACCUGCUCUUGCCUGGGGCUUGAUGUCCAAGGAUUCCAUCCACAAGACUUUUCCGAUCCUUAGGAGAGGUUUCAGUUGCACUGUGUGUUGUUGGAUUUGUGAUGUCUUUGUAUAACAUAAUCAUGUUUGCAAAGCAAUUCUGGUGACACUUGUAAUCCAGUGUUAGUUUGCAGGUAAUUUGCUUUCUGAGAUAGAAUAGCAGAAGUGUUAAACUUUCUUAUGUGCUCUGGCCUGUGUAAAUAACACUUCUCCAUGUUAGUUUUGCAUAAUAACAAAUCGAAAAUAAAUUUUAAUUUUAUGAUAUGGGA